CACUUGCUGGCUGGAAUCAAACGGACAAAUUUUCCUGUCUGAUAUACUGCUCAUCUCCUUAUCACGGUCACAGGUUUUCUCAAUCAAAGCCAAAGGAUCCAUAUUUGCUCAUAACAUAUUGGACAUUGAAAUAAGCAAGCUCAUCUUAAAUAAACAGAAUGAUUAAGCAGUGAUCAAAAGUCCUGUUCAAUUUCUAUCCUUGAACUCACUGUCAGGUUCUUUCAGUGUGUGUGUGUGUGUGUGUGUGUGUAUGUGUGUGCGUGAGUGAGUGUUUUCUCAGUCUCUCGAAGCAGAGGUGAAACAAAGCUUCUGUACCGUACCUCCGGCUACUAAACCAGACUCUCCCAGCUGGAUUGCCACUCCGAAACCUCCCAGCUUGACUGGAGCAGAAUUCUCCUUUGACGCCAACAGCACGCAGUGAGGCUGCGGAGGAAAAACGGAGACGGGUCAAACAGUGGAUUAAAUAUAUUUCUGGUCGGUAUAUUUUAACAUCUUCCAUGGGGGGCCGUCCUCGUGAGCCUUCAACUACGUUCGCUUAUUGAACUGUACCGGGCACUGUGCAAAAUCUAUUCUCCAACAAGUGUGACACGAAGGGAAAACAUUUCUUUGCUAGAUGCAGGAACUGUGCACACUGAUGCUUUGCUCUCGCUGUGCAACAGUGCAGAAUCCCAUAUGCUGGUUUGUUCACCUCGGUUUCACAAUGACAAGCCAACUCAAAGAACGACAACCACAAUUUCAUGAUGAUGCCGAUAGAGGCAGGAAACAAGUAUAUAUGGGAUAAAAAGCGUUUUGUGAGAUGCUUUGAGAUCAGAAUGAUUCUGGUUUUCAGAGAGCACGUAUUCAUUGCAACGCACAUUAGAACUGUUUUUUUCGGCAAAUUGCUUUCGAGGGAGUGCUGUAAAAAUUGAAUUUAAUUGAAAACUACAAGACAAGUUAGAAAGAAAGAUGCUGUUGGUCACAGCCUUAGUUUUUGAUCAUAUCAGCUCAUUUGAACAGACACUUUCCAAACACUUCAAUGACUCAACAACACAAGAACAACAAAUCUUUACUGGUACAAUUGGUAACAAUACAAUGGCAUCUGUCAGGUCAGCAAAAACCUCCAGCACACAUUUCAAACUGAGCUGAUAUUUCGAGCAAAGCCUCAGAGUGCAGUUUCAAAGACAAACUGCGGCCUCGGACCGCCGGUCGUGCUGAAAAACAAGCUUGCCACGCUGUCAUCCACACUGAAAUACAGCCAACGAGCUCCACGGCAGAUAAAUGUCACUGAUCUGUGCGUGACAUUUUACAAACGCCCCAGCUCCCUUAAAGGGAUAAAUUCAAUUUUAAUUUAGUAUUUUGGUAAAUUGAAGUCCUUUCCUUCUGAACGAGACAGUACAGGGCAAUAAUGAGUCGAGCUGUGUGACAGAUGAAGCUCAGCCACAGCGGUGGGCUCGCUUCCUGUCCUUUUUGUACCUCUCCUAAUGGGGAACUUGAGGGGUGUGGAGAAUGUCAACCGAGGCGGUGUGGGUUUGCAGACACGCGGUGACGGGGAUGGAGAGAGAGAGAGAGAGAGAGAGAGAGAGAGAGAGAGAGAGAGAGAGAAAACGAGAGGCAGAGACGAGGAGAGCGGCAGAUGAGGCGGUCGUAUCCGUGAGCACAGCAGAGUUAAGAGGGGAAGAAGGAUUAAGACAGGGAGGACGAGGACGAAAAAAGGCAGAAGGCGGGCGGAGAGCUGUGAGGAGGACGGGGCUCUCAAAAGGAUGUGAUAAAAGGACUCUUCAGGAUUUAUGACCCGUUCAGAGGCUGAGGAGAAAGGUACAGAUAGCAACGGAAGAAGUGUUCAAGGACUGCGGUUCUAUAAUACCGUCUUGCAUGUGUACCUCCAGUUUUGAAAUGAACUGCAGUUUGAUGGAGGAAAAAUACACAGCAGACUGUGGCGCUAUCACACCUCUCUGCACCAUCUCACGCAUUUAAAUUACACCUGUGCCGAAUCUUCUACAGAAGGAAUACUGGUGGGCCUUAUGGUUGACGACCCUCAGACGCCAUGAUCGCCUUCUCCACUGCCUCUUCUUUCCCCUCCGCAUCGUCCAACUCCUCUCUUCCUAUGUCUGCUUCACCCCUGCCCGUUUCCAUGUCACCCUCUUUCUCCUUCACCUCUCUUUUCCCUCCCUCCUCUCCUCACUUCGACUCCACCUCUGUCUCUCCGAACCAAAACGUGUGUUCGUUCGAUGACGAGGCCCUCCGUCUGCCGCUGGCAGUCCUGUACUCCCUGUUCUUCCUCUUUGGACUCGUGGGUAACCUCUUUGCCCUGUGGGUCUUUGUCUUCCUACAUUCCAGCCAAAACUCCGUGCGGGUCUUCCUCAUCAACUGUGCUGUGGCUGAUUUGGUCCUCCUGGCGUGUCUGCCCUUCAGGAUUUUCUACCAUGUUAAUGGAAACAAGUGGGUGCUGGGAUCUGUGGCCUGCAAAAUGGUGGGGAACCUGUUUUACAUGAACAUGUACAUCAGCAUCACAUUGCUGGGGCUCAUCAGCUUGGACAGAUACUUGAGGUUACAGGGGAAAGGCAGAGCACGCAGAGGCUUGAGCCUGACGCUGUGGGGGCGCAGUCGGCCUUGGAGCUGCUUGGCGUGCGGGGCUCUGUGGGGUUUGUCAGUGGUGGCGCUGGUGCCCAUGAUCGCCACGGCGGAGGACAGAGAGGACGAUGGCAAAUGCUUCCAGUACAAGCCGCGUAGCAGCAAAGCCAAAGGGAAAGCCUACUUCAACGCGGUUCUGGUGGUGUUGUUCUGGCUCGUCUUCAUCGUGCUGGUGGUCUCCUACGCCAAGAUUGCUUCGCGGUUGCUGAGGGUGUCGCGGGACAAGCCGGACCUUCCCAACGCACAGAGAUACAAACGGACCGCCAAGAAAUCCUUCUUCGUCCUCUUCCUGUUCACCGUCUGCUUCGGGCCCUACCACGCCUUCCGUCCGGUCUACAUCCUCACCCAGCUCGACCAAACGGCAACAUGUGACUACUUGCAAAUGGUGGACCGUACUAAUGAGGUGAUGCUGUUAUUUUCCGCUUUCAACAGCUGUUUAGAUCCUGUCAUGUACUUUCUGUUAUCUGGCUCUGUGCGCAAAACCGCCGUCCAAACGCUCGGACGCCGACUCGGCAACCGGCUUCUCUUCCUAAACGACGCGACGUCAAACAGCUCGACGACAGAGUUCAGACGACCGUCUGUGCCGGUGGCUUUACCCGAAACCCCCUCGGUCACCCCCAGAACGAGCAUCUGUGCCAUCAACGCCACCCUCCGCCGUACAGGAUUGACUGUGCUUCCACCUACUGGCUGUCAGUGACUGCAAAGAAUGUAAGCCUGAACACUGGGGAAAUACAGAUCUGACAUUUCCAACAUAGGCCUGGACUGGUAGCAAGUUCUCUGUGACACUGAGCAAAACAUUUCUACACAGACUUACUUCUUUUGUAAAAAAAAAAAAUAUAAAUAAUAAUUGUAUAAAUCUGUUCUUUACC